AUGGACCGUGACCAAAUUUUAGGUUUGAACAUACAGGAACUGAAAGAGAAAUUGGGUGGGUUGGGAUUAGCGACCACUGGACGAAAACCGACAUUGCAGGACCGGUUACUAGAACACUUCGGCCUGAAUGUGAGCGACAAUGAAGACAGCGAUUGUAACGAUGCUGCAAGUCAACGUAGUGCUGUCUCGAGCGUACGAAAAAUUGAGCGAUCAGUGUUUACCUUGCGAGAUAUUGAAGAUUCGCUGACAUCAUUCUCCGGUUCGGGGCAACCAAGCAUCGAGCAAUGGUUGGAAGAGUUCGAGGAGAAUGCAGAAGCGGUGAGCUGGAACGAGUUGCAGAAAUUCAUUUAUGCAAAGCAGCUUUUGAAGGGUGCAGCAAAAAUAUUUGUUCGAAGUCAGCGCGGUAUCAACAGUUGGAGUUCACUGAAGCAGGCGCUAAAAGCGGAAUUUGGAGUUGUUGUAUCGUCAAUAGAAAUUCAUCGCACACUACGAAAUAGUCGCAAACGUCAAGGGGAAGAUCUCAUGGAAUAUCUCUAUAGCUUGAUGGAGAUCGGCAAGUCGAUAAACUUAGACGACACCAGCUUGAUAGAGUAUUUCAUUGAAGGCAUUCCGGAUUCCAAGGCGGGUAAAGCAAAUUUGUACCAGGCUAAAACCGUAAAAGACCUAAAGGAGCAGGUGAAGGUUUAUGAAAAAAUCAAAGUUCCUGUUUCAAAACCGCAAUUCGUCAACGCAAACAAAACGUCGUCUACGUCAUCAAACAUAGCUUCGUCGAGUUCAGGUAGUUCAGCGAAAAAAUGCUACAAUUGCGGAGAUGAUUCACAUUUUGUUAGAGACUGUCCACGCAAAAAGGUGAAAUGUUUCAAAUGCGGUGUAGAAGGUCACCGAGCAACAGAGUGCUCUACAGUUGGAAACUUAGUUAAGAAGGAGAAAAACGCAAAUAUGAUGAAGACGAAAGCAGCAGUAAAGCCCAAUAAGUGA